CGGAGGUUUUUUUUUUUGUUGCUUGCAUCGGAAAACAGCACAGCCAUGAACUGGAACAAAGGUGGCCCCGGUGUGAAGCGUGGUUUUGGAUUUGGAGGAUUUUCCCUCGCAGGGAAAAAAGAGGAACCUCAGUCUGCUCCGAAAUCUCAAACUUCAUUCGGAGCAACAGGAUCAGGUGGAGCCUAUGGGAAGAACCAGCAGCUCCCAUCGUUCUACAAAAUAGGGACAAAAAGAGCUAAUUUUGAUGAGGAAAAUGCAUACUUUGAAGAUGAUGAAGAGGAGUCCAGCAGCAACGUGGACCUGCCGUAUAUCCCAGCUGAGAACUCACCCACACGGCAGCAGAUGCAGUCCGGUGGUGGCUCAGAUAGUGAGGACGAUCCUCUUGAUGCCUUCAUGGCGGAGGUUGAGAGCCAGGCAGCUAAAGACAUGAGGAAACUAGAGGAAAAGGAAAAGGAGAAAAAGUCAGCCAAGGGUAUUCGUGAUGACAUUGAAGAGGAAGAUGAACAAGAAGCCUACUUCCGCUACAUGGCAGAGAAUCCCACAGCUGGGCUGACUCAAGAGGAAGAGGACGAAAACAUUGACUAUGACAGUGACGGGAACCCAAUCGCUCCUGCCACCAAGAAAAUCAUCUUGCCACUUCCUCCCAUUGACCACUCUGAGAUUGAUUACCCACCCUUUGAGAAAAACUUCUACAAUGAGCAUGAAGAGCUCAGCAACUUGACAGCAACACAAGUGUUGGAGUUAAGGCAGAAGCUAAACUUGAGGGUAUCCGGUGCGGCCCCUCCAAAACCUUCUACUAGUUUUGCCCACUUCAGCUUUGACGAGCAGCUAAUGCACCAAAUCCGCAAGUCUGAGUACACUCAGCCCACUCCCAUUCAGUGUCAGGGUGUGCCCAUUGCUCUGUCUGGAAGGGACAUGAUUGGUAUCGCAAAAACUGGCAGUGGCAAAACGGCAGCUUUUAUCUGGCCCAUGCUGGUUCACAUCAUGGACCAAAAGGAACUGGAGGCAGGAGACGGGCCCAUUGCCAUCAUUGUGUGUCCCACUAGAGAGCUUUGUCAGCAGAUCCAUGCAGAAUGUAAGCGUUUCGGUAAAGCCUACUCACUGCGUUCUGUGGCUGUGUAUGGAGGAGGCAGCAUGUGGGAGCAGGCCAAAGCUCUUCAGGAGGGAGCAGAGAUUGUGGUGUGCACUCCGGGUCGUCUGAUUGACCACGUGAAAAAAAAGGCCACGUCCCUGCAGAGAGUAUCAUACCUUGUGUUUGAUGAGGCGGAUCGCAUGUUCGAUAUGGGUUUUGAAUAUCAGGUUCGAUCCAUUGCCAGCCAUGUGCGCCCAGACAGACAGACUCUUCUGUUCAGCGCUACUUUCCGAAAGAAGAUCGAGAGGCUGGCCAGAGACAUCUUGAUAGAUCCAAUUCGUGUGGUGCAGGGAGACAUUGGAGAGGCCAAUGAGGAUGUGACCCAGGUGGUGGAGCUGCUGCCUUUGGGGUCGGACAAAUGGGGCUGGCUGACCAAGCGGCUGGUCGAGUUCACCUCCUCCGGCUCAGUCCUGAUCUUCGUCACCAAAAAGGCAAACUGCGAGGAACUGGCUACUAACCUGACCCAGGAGGGCUACAGUCUGGGCCUCCUGCAUGGAGACAUGGACCAGAGUGAGAGGAACAAGGUCAUCAGUGACUUCAAGAAGAAGAAUUUGCCUGUUCUGGUGGCCACUGAUGUAGCUGCUCGUGGUCUGGACAUCCCAUCCAUUCGCACAGUGGUGAACUACGACGUGGCACGAGACAUCGACACACACACACACAGGAUUGGUCGAACUGGUCGCGCCGGAGAGAAGGGUCUUGCUUACACUCUCCUCACCAACAAAGACACAUCAUUCGCCGGUGACCUUGUGAGAAAUCUGGAGGGAGCGAAUCAAGGUGUUUCCAAAGAGCUGAUGGACUUGGCUAUGCAGAAUCCCUGGUUCAGGAAAUCCCGAUUCAAGAGUGGAAAAGGAAAGAAGUUGAAUAUUGGUGGAGGUGGUCUUGGUUAUAGAGAAAGACCAGGCUUGGGGGCUGAAAGUUCUGAACGCGGCGGUGGCAGCAGUGUGUUGUCUUCCACCGGCAAUUACGAAGGCUUCACCAAAGCGACCAGCGGGGCAAUGGGAGAUCGUAUGUCUGCGAUGAAACAGGCCUUUCAGGCCCAGUAUAAGAGCCACUUUGUGGCUGCAUCCAGUGGCCCUCCAAAGCUCAGCACCAAGUCCAGCAGCUCGUCAGGCUGGACCAGUGCUGGCAGCCUGAGCUCUGUGCCCACAGAGGCUGCCAAUGGUUCAGAAAUCCCAGGGCGUCACAUGUCCAUGUCUGGCUUCACCAGCGCCGGCACCCUGAGCUCUGUGCCCACCACUCAAACCAGUUCACAGCAAAGUUUCACCCCACCAGCUCCUCCCUCACAGAGAGACGGCUCACGGGACAGGCACAGCGAGGACCGGGGCCGUGACAGCUACCACCGCCACAGCGAGAGGAGCGAUAGACACAGUGGAGAGGACCGCUACAGUGACCGCGAUCGUCAUGGAGACAGAGAUCGGGACAGCUAUAGUGACCGGGACCGCCACAGUAGCAGCAGCAGCAGCAGCAGCAGCAGCCGCCACAGCGAUAGUCGAAAUGGAGAUGGAAGCAAGAGGGACAGAGAAGAUCGGAGGAGUGAGAGGGACGGGGGAGACAGGGGGAGUGGGGAUGGAAGGGACAGAGGAGGAGACGACAGCUUUGCCGUACCUGAACCGCCAAAACGUAGAAAGAGCAGGUGGGACAACUAA